GUCCGGAAUUCUUUGCUCAAAGGAACACCCGCACUUCGUCUCUUUAGCUCUUGAAUUGCUUGAAAUUUACUGCCUUUGCCAAAGUAAAUACCGGUAGGACGUCCGGUCCUUGCAUGCCCGGUGGCUUCAGCUACCGUCUCUUACGACCUUAUGCAAGAUUCACGAGAAUGGAGCCAUACAAGAACUGGUCACGAGAAGAGCUGAUUGCCCGCCUUCAGCACCUCGACCCCCAUCACGACCGUCCUCGGCCCCAACAGCAGCCGCAGGGCAAGCCGUUUGACUUCAACGCAUAUCCAAAACGCAAGAUCGCGCUCAAGUUCACGUACAACGGGAUUCAUUAUGGCGGGAUGGAGUUCCAACGCGACCCCGCGCUGCCGACCGUCGAGGGCGUGCUGUUCGACGCACUCGUGCACACGAAGCUCGUCGACAGGGAUGGAGGGCUAGAGGGAUGCGACUGGCAGAGAUGCGGAAGGACAGACAAAGGUGUGAGCGCGGGAGGGCAGGUGGUGAGUUUGUGGGUCAGGAGUAACCUAGGGUCGAAGACCGCAGCGGAGAUCGAGGAAGACGUCGCCAACGCGGAGCCCUCGACGACGACAGAACAGCUUCCAACAUCUGCAGAAGAUGCAGAGGGGCCAGGACUCGAAGGCGACUUCGGGCUCAUGGGCGACUUGGCCGACGAAGGGCCCACAAACGGCUCCAUGCAUGCCCAACCGCCUCCACAAGCUGAGCUCGAGUUCCCGUACGUCUUCGCGUUGAACCACAUCCUGCCCCCCACCAUCCGGGUGCUCGCCUGGUCCCCCGUCGCAGACGACUUCUCUGCCCGCUUCAGCUGCCGCUGGCGACACUACAAGUACUUCUUCUCCCCCUCCGGGCUCGACCUAGCCGCGAUGCAGGACGCGGCCUCGCGCCUCCUCGGCGAGCACGACUUCCGCAACCUCUGCAAGAUCGACGCGAGCAAGCAGAUCACUGUCUUCACCCGCCGCAUCCUGCACGCGUCCAUCGACAGGGCGGACAAGGGCGAGCUGUACGUCUUCAACCUGCGCGGGAACGCGUUCCUCUAUAACAUGGUCCGCCACAUCAUGGCCAUCCUCUUUCUCGUCGGCUCCGGGCUUGAGAGGCCGUCGAUCAUGUCCGCGCUCCUCAAUGCGGACCCUGCACGCCCGCUUCCUCCCUUCCGCGAGGGCGAGGACGUGCCGCCGCUCGUCACGGGCAAGCCCGACUACCAGAUCGCAGACCCGCUGCCGCUGAUGCUGUGGGAGUGCGGGUACGACGAAGGUGUGCUCGAUUGGCGGAUCGACCGCUCGAGCAGUCGUGGCGGGGACUCUGCGAAGAGUCCUCUGCGGGGCAUGAUCUGCGCGUACGAACGCGCGUCGGUCACGACUGCGCUCGAGGCGCAUUUCCUCAAGGCCGCAGAGGCGCAUCAUAAACCUCCGCAGCAGUACUUCCCUGUUGGGGCACCGGGCGUGGAGCCGCUGCCUCCUGGAGCGAUGAUGAGCGUGCCGUUGGGUGGGGGCAUGGUGAAGCGUGCAGGGGUGUACGUGCCGCUGCUGCAGCGGAAGCGUAUGCUCACGCCUGACGAGGUGAAUGAGCGGUAUCGGCUCGGGAGGGGUGCGAAGAAAUUGGAACGCAAGGCGGCUUCGGCGGCUGGCGACCUCGACGAGUAGUGCCUGCCCUUCCCAAGGAUUCGAGCCGACAUUUUCACACCUCCAUGUAUACCCUACGCCGCUAGGAUGUCGCAGCGCGGUGUACGCAGGAUAUACAGCUUGUAGCAGUAGGUAUAGACGUACAUUGGCCCAUCAGAUUUACAACAAAUUAUGUACUAAUUUUCACCCUGCUCGCUUCUCUCGUCCCUCGUACCGUCAUCCCUGAUUCCCGUCUCUCCGUCUUCAUUUACUGAUCACCCUUAUGCCAGGCCUUACGCGCAAGGCACGGACCAGUUCUCCCACUCGAAACGGCCUUCCUGGAUGUCCGUAAUGCGCUCAUACAGGGCCCUCGCAACCGCCCCCAGCGCGCCCUCGUGUGCCGGCAACACAAUGUCCUUCCCGUCAUGCCCGAUACGGCCAACGGCUGCAACAACGACGGCGGUCCCGACGGUGAACGCCUCGAGCAGGCGGCCCUCCUCAGCCCACGCGGCGAGCUGCGAUAUCGUGAGCUCGCGCUCGACGGCGUGCAGGAGCGUCUCGGGAGACAGCCCAGGGAGGGUCGUGCGCGACGGGUGCGCGCGGAUGAGGUCGAGCGUCGAGGCGCGCGUGAUGCCAGGGAGAAUCGUACCGUCCAGCGGCGGGGUGAUCACGUCCAGGUCUAGUCGAAUCCGAAUCCGUGUCAGCAGGUUCCCUCCCCUCCAGGCACGCGUAGCGUCGGAGAUCAUUGCACUUACCGCCAUCAUCCCUUCUCACGACGACAAAGAAGUUCAUCGCGCCGGCCUCGGUGAUCUUCUCGCCCAGCAGCCACAGGCACUGGUCGUACCCGAGCUUCGCAGCGUGCUGCUGCGGCUUGAACGUUGGGGCGUAGUUGAGCGCGAGCUUGUAUCCGCCCGUGCCGCCAGGCCACGCGCGGACGUGAUCAUGCACGGCGAGGAGGUUGACGGGACGUGCCCCCGUGCGGAAGAAGGGCCCCGUCGGGCACAGGAUAACGUAGAGGGUGGCGCGGUCCGACGCAGCUACCCCCAGGGAGUCUCGGGUGCCGAUGAUGGUGGGGCGGAUGUAGAGGCUGUGGCCCUUGACGGUGGGGAUCCAGCGGGCGUCGAGAGCGACGAGCUUGUGAAUGAGCUUGAGCAGCUCGGCGGUGUCGAAAGGGGGGAGGGCGACGCGUGCGGCGGAGAUCUGCAUGCGCUUCAUGUUCAUGUCUGGGCGGAAGAGGCGGGGCCUGCCGUCCGGGCCGGCGUAUGCCUUCAUUCCCUCGAAGACGUUCGUCGCGUAUUGCAAGCAUGAGCUUGCGGGAUCGAUCGACAAUGGGCCGUAAGGCUUGAUCUCUGGUGCAGACCAACCAUUCACUGGGUCAUAGUGAACGACCAUCAUGUGGUCUGUCAUUACCUGCCCGAAGACCAACUCUGACGCAGGGGGUACUGGCUUGAAUUCGCGCGCCACUGUAAUGGUGACUUUCGAUGCAUCGAGUUCGGCUGGCUGAGCGGGCGUCGAGUAUGCACCGUUGCGGGCGUCGUCGUUGACAUCAUUGAAUGUUUGGGUGAUAGCCAUAGGAGCAGUAGAGUAUGUUGAUGAGAAAGGU